AUGAAGCAUCGCAUCCUAUCAUUCACCGCCAUGGCUGGGUCCAUGGCAUUUGUUAAUUCUGCAGUAGUACAAGCACCAGGUCAACCUUCUGAACGAGGCGUGCUAGGCGGUUUCAAAAUCAUUGGCGAAAGUCUUGUCAGCGCUGAAGGGAUGUUCUUAGGAACCUCGGACAAAGUUUAUUUACUGGACAAAGUGGAGAACAAUCCCACGCAGGUGAAUGGGCGGGCGGCGUCGGCGUCUGAAUACGCGGUUGAUUCAAACGGAAACAGGGCGAUGGAUAUCUCGCCUAAUUCUUUCUGUUCGAGCGGGAGUGUUCUAGGUAAUGGGACGUGGGUCAACAUUGGCGGGAAUGGGGCCCCUACCACAAGCUCUGACGGGCGGAGAGCAAUUCGUAUGCUAAAUCCCUGCGACGAUUCCAACUGCAACUGGUCUGCCUCACCCGCCAAGUACGAACAACGGUGGUAUUCGAGCAUGGAAACGCUCAAAGACGGCAGCGUUAUCAUUCUCGGCGGCGCAAGCGGCGACGGGUAUUUCAAUGACCCAACCAGAAACAAUCCAACAUACGAGUUCUUCCCGCCAACUCCCAAUGGUCACCCCAUAUCCUCCACCAUUCUCACCAACACCCUCCCGGCAAACUACCACCCACUCAUUUGGCUGGUUCCGUCAGGAAGACUGCUCAUACAAUCAAACUGGGCGACGGCACUCCUCAAUACUACAAGUAAGAAAGAAAUCCCCCUUGACAAUGUGCCAGAUGCGGUUCGCACAUAUCCCGCUGGCGCGGGGUCGGUGAUGUUGCCCAUGACGCCUUUGAAUAACUGGACGGCCACCAUCAUGUCUUGUGGAGGGCUCAAUGUUCCUCCUGAAGCAUGGGGUGCUCCUGAUUUCAACCCCAUGCAACUUAGCGCCUCUGUGUCUUGUGUCAAGCUUAUGCCUGACUCUUCUGGGAAUUACUUCCACGACGAGGACUUACCCGAAGGACGGAUCAUGAUGAACAUGAUUAAUCUUCCUGAUGGCAAAAUUCUAGCUUUGAACGGGGGUAGGAAAGGCAGCGCGGGCUACGGGAGUCAACCUUGGGCGGUUGGGCAAUCCUACGCUGACGACCCGGUGCUGCUACCUCUUCUGUAUAAUCCGCAUGCGCACACUGGUCGGUGGUCGAGUGACGGCCUCUCUCCCAGCACCAUCUCCCGGCUGUAUUCCUCGUCAGCAACCUUACUUCCUGACGGAUCCGUCCUCGUAGCGGGUUCAAAUCCCAACAUGGACGUCACCAACGACCCGAACGUCAAAUAUCCUACUGAGUACCGCAUGGAAAAGUUUUACCCACCCUACUAUAACACGCGACGACCCCAACCGAAAGGUCUUCCCUCUUCACUGUCUUAUGGAGGCCCAGCGUUCGAAGUUUGGCUUGAUAAAGACGACCUGUUCGGUGACGUGAGAUCGGUGGAGAAUGCUACUGUUGUCGUCAUCCGGCCAGGGUUUUCAACCCACUCGCGCAAUAUGGGCCAACGCUACGUCCAACUCCAAUCAACUUACACAGGGUUCAAGAACACCACAGCGGUCUUGCACGUCUCCCAGCUUCCGCCCAACCCAGCCAUCCUCGCUCCGGGCCCAGCGCUGAUCUUUGUCGUCGUCAAUGGUAUUCCUUCCAUAGGUGUUCCCAUCAUGGUUGGUUCAGGCAAGAUUGAACAGCAAAAGGUCUCGCCGGUCGGUGGCUUCCCUUCGUCCUCGAUUUUUGCGGUCCAGCAGGACGGAGUGGUCCCUAAGCACAAGACUAGCGGUGGUGAAGAGUCGAGGCGGAGGUUGGGGGAUGCUUUGUGCGAGUGGCUUUUGGUGUUUGUUUCGGCCGUAGUGUUGGGUUGGUGA